AUGGUCAUACUGUUUCUACUGUUCCUGAGCUUGCUAUGGCAUCCAAUUUCGCUGAUUGUGUACUUGAUCGUGUUCGUGGCGUGGUGGUUUCUCUACUUCAACCGUGACGAGCCAAUCGUGGUGUUCAAUCGGAUGGUGGACGACAGGUUUGUGUUGGCGGCGCUCGGAAUUGUGACGAUUGUUUGCUUGGUGUUGACUCGGGUGUGGCUGAAUGUGGUGGUCGCCGUCGCAGUCGGAGUUGCGGUGGUUCUGUUGCACGCGGCGUUUAGGGCCACGGAGGACCUGUUUUUGGAUGAAGAUGAAGCUGCAGAAGGGGGAUUGGUUUCGGUUGUUGAUAAUGCUCCAUUGCGUGGUGGAUAUACGAAUCCAUUUUGA